AUGGGAGGCGAACGUGCCGCUCUGCCUAAGCAGAAGACCUCCUACCCCGUCCGGGCUCCCAAGCCCGUGGGGAAGUGGAUAGAGAACAUCUACAGAGACAAGAUUGGCCAAUUCUACGGCAAAGGACAAUAUGAACACCAGAACCUCGUUGCAAUGCUCGUGGAGGGCGAAGCCUCCGGGGAGCCCGCCGUCAAGAUAUCGGUGUGGUCCGCCCCCGAUCUAUCUCGUCCCACCUUUGAGGAGGCAACCUCCCAUGAGUUCAAGCCAACCCGCGUUGGAAGCGUCUACGGCCCGUCCUGGUCCACCCAUUGGUUCAAGGUGGUGCUCACUGUACCUGAAGAGCUUCAAGAUAAGGAGGUACUCGAGUUUCACUGGGACGCAAACAAUGAAGGUUUGAUCUGGUCCGAAGAGGGCCAUCCAUUACAAGGUCUCACCGGCCGCGGUGAAAGAGUCGAGUGGGUCUUACCCAACUCCUACCGCGAUGGCAAGGAACACACGUUCUACGUUGAGAUGGCCUGCAACGGCAUGUUUGGCAAUGCGCCUGGUGGUGACUCCAUUCAGCCACCUGACCCAAACAAGCGCUUUGCUCUUUCUGUCGCUAAGAUCGUCGCCGUCUUCGAGCCUGCUCGCCAGCUUUGGAUCGAUACGUGGAUCAUUGGCGAUGCUGCUAGAGAGUUUCCUGACAACUCGUGGGAGCGACACAAGGCCCUCGACGUUUGCACCAGAAUCAUUAAUACCUUCGUACUCGGUGACAAGGACUCAGUGAGAGAAUGCCGCAAGAUUGCCCAGGAAUACCUUGGCCCAGAUGUCGACUCGUCAAAGGUAUACGACACAGACAAGGAGCCGAUUGUCUACGGCAUUGGCCACUGCCACAUUGACAGCUGCUGGCUGUGGCCUUUUGCGGAGACCAGGCGCAAGGUUGCACGUUCCUGGACGAACCAGUGCAACCUCAUGGAGCAGUAUCCCGAGCUGAACUUUGCCUGUUCCCAGGCACAACAGUACAAGUGGCUGCGUGAUGGAUAUCCUACUGUUUUUGACCGGGUUAAGUCCAAGGUCAAGGGAGGACAGUUUCAUCCUAUCGGUGGCAGUUGGGUAGAACAUGACACAAAUAUGCCCAGCGGAGAAUCGCUCGUCCGUCAGUUCCUAUACGGCCAGAGGUUCUUCGAGAGUCAUUUUGGACAACGCUGUCAGACGUUUUGGCUUCCUGACACUUUUGGAUACUCUAGUCAGCUGCCACAACUGUGCCGAUUGGCUGGCAUGAACCGAUUCCUAACCCAGAAACUCAGCUGGAACAAUAUCAAUAAGUUCCCCCAUACCACUUUCAAUUGGAUCGCCUUGGAUGGAAGCCAGGUCAUUUGUCAUAUGCCUCCCGCAGAGACGUACACAGCUGAGGCGCACUUUGGAGAUGUGAAGAGGAGUUUGUCUCAGCAUAAGUCUAUGGAUCAAGACCAUACCUCUUUGCUUGUGUUUGGCAAGGGAGAUGGCGGUGGUGGCCCAACCUGGCAGCAUAUCGAGAAAUUGCGCCGUUGCCGAGGUAUCAGUGACAAGGUUGGCUUGUUGCCAAGGAUCCACAUGGGCAACUCCGUGGACGACUUCUUUGACAAGCUCGAGCUUAAGGCUGACAAACUUGUCACUUGGUACGGUGAGCUGUACUUCGAGCUUCACCGAGGCACUUAUACGACUCAAGCCAACAACAAGCGAAAUAACCGUCAGUCUGAGGUCAUGCUCCGAGACAUCGAGCUGCUUGCCACCAUUGCUUCUGUAAAGGACACAUCGUACAAGUAUCCAAAAAAGGAGUUAGAUGACAUGUGGGAAUCUGUUCUACUGUGUCAGUUUCACGAUUGUCUGCCUGGAAGCUCUAUUGAGAUGUGUUAUGAUGAUUCAGACGAGAUCUAUGCAGAGGUCUUUAAGACCGGAAAGCGUCUCUUAAAGGAACUCUAUGAUACCCUUGGUGUAUCUGAGGUUGCUGCGACUCGCGUCGGAGACGGCGUGGCUCUCAAUACGCUUCCUUGGCAUCGUAAGGAGUUGGUCGAGAUCUCUGAGACCGAAGCUGCUGUGGCCUGCGGCCAGGGUCCUCUAGUGGACCUUCGAACUUUUAAGACAUCAGAGUCUGAGAAGUCAGUCUCCAUCAAAGAGGUCUCGAAAGGUGUCUUCGUUUUGGAGAAUGAGCAACUACGGGUUCAGGUGGACAACGGAUGCAUCACUUCUCUUUAUGACCGCCAGGUUGAUCGCGAGGUCAUUGCCGAGGGCGGCAAGGCGAAUCAGUUCGUCAUCUUUGAUGAUAAGCCACUGUACUGGCAGGCCUGGGACGUUGAGGUUUUCCAUCUGGACACCAGAAAGGAGUUGCCCUGCGGAACUUCCACAAUAUCAGAGGACAAGUCGCACCGAGUCAGCGUCAAGACACACAUCAAGAUUUCCGACGAAAGUAGUAUUGAAUCCACCAUUAGCUUGUCGGCUGCGGUUAAGGGCCAGCAGUCGUUCGUCGAGGUGUCCGCCGACGUGGACUGGCACGAGACUAUGAAGUUCUUGAAGGUCGAGUUCCCAGUUGAUGUUAGAAACACUGAGGCAUCGUAUGAAACCCAGUACGGUAUUGUCAAGAGACCGACUCACUACAACACAACGUGGGAUAUGGCCAAAUUUGAGGUGUGCUGCCACAAGUUCGCGGAUCUUUCCGAGAAUGGGUACGGCGUGUCUAUCUUGAAUGACAGCAAAUAUGGCUUUGCGACCUGCGGCAACUUGAUGCGCUUGUCUCUGCUCCGUGCCCCCAAGGCUCCUGACGGUCACGCAGACAUGGGUAAGCACCAUAUCCGCUGGGCCAUUCUGCCUCACGAAGGCGCUCUGGGGCCCACCACGGUCCGCAAGGCCUUCGAGUUCAACAAUCCGCUCAAGCUGCUCUCAAAGCCCAAGAGCUCCGCUCUGGCCACAAGCACUCCCCUAAAGCUGACUGGUGAUACCGCUCUCAUUCUCGACACCGUCAAGCGUGGCGAGGACGAUGAGGACGUCAGCCGUGGCGAACUUCCCAAGAGGAAGGGCCAGAGCGUCAUUGUGCGAGUCUACGAGAGCUUGGGUGGUCGCGGCCGCGGCACCAUCGAGACGACAUGGAAUGUCAAGAAGGUCUCCAAAGUCAACCUGCUGGAGGAUGAUGGCGAGGAGGUUGAGUACGAAGAUGGGAAAUUUGAUAUCGUGCUUAAGCCUUUCGAGGUAGCAACUUAUCGCCUGCAGUUGUAG